AAUGUUAUCACUUAACUGUAAACGCCGCUCAAUGGUUGGAUUUGCGUGCUAGAUAGCUCUCCAACGAUUUUAUGAAAAGCGCAGUUUCAGCUUGUGGAGCUUCAAUCUCACCACAAACGUUCCGAUAUUAAAAUGCGGUUUCAUUUGUUGUGCCUUUGUUUAAUUGCGCUUGAAUAUGCAGUUAUAACCAGCGCAGAGGAGAAUCCCAAUUACAAAUUCGUCUUUGACCAGAUAAUACCUGUAAAGGAGGAUGAAGAAGUGGCCAAAAUUAAGUUGGAGGUGAUUAGAAGUGAGGACGGCGUGAAGUUCAGUGGUGUGGCAGAACAGCUGGUGGACUUGGAUAAUGAAUGGACGUUAAAUAUAUUGCUGAAGAUUGCUGAAGACGCGAAUGGCGAGUACAAUUGGGUUAUGCCAGUGCCUGCAUUGAGUGUUUGUGAUUUCAUGAAAUUCUACUACCGAUUAUAUAUUUACGAGUUGUUAGCUAAAUACGCGAAUGCACCGUCGCCAUUUGAUUGCCCGGUUGUAAAGAACACUUACAUCCUGAACGAGUACCCUUUGGUUUCGAAGAAUUUCAAGAAAUUUCUACAGCCCGGUUACUACCAACUGGAAGUGAGUUUGCACCACGAAAAUGACGAGAAAAUCAAAUACAUCGUCGAAGGUCAUGUAGAGGAAGAGUAGUAGAGAUGGAGUCCAAUUAAAAAAUAUAUACAUACAUAUAUUCUUUGAAUAACACCACUUAAUAAUAAAAACAAUAACAUGAACGCAAAA